UGUUUGGUUAACCCUGAAAUAUGUGGUCAGGUUAUUUUGGAUAAGUUUUUAUAAAGUAAUGCAGUCACUUUUAUUUUGACAGAUAUAAAGGAGUCUGCUUCCCGGGUCACAUGGCCAUGUCGUCAGGUGUUUAAUGGCACCCCCAGGGCAGAGCUGCCCAUGUGAGAAGGGAAUCCCGGAAGAGAAGAGCAGACACUUGAUGGGGGUGAGAAGAGUUUUACACGGAGAAUGGGCUCAGCCAAAGAGGAAGGCACAAGUGAGCGGCUGGCAUCCAUUAAACAAGAGGACUGUGAGUGGGGUGCACUGAAGGAGAAGGGCUGGGAAGGAACCGUUUCGGAUUUUAAAGCGGAGGAGUGCAACGUGGAGAUUGUUGAUGUUAAAGCUGAGGAUUCUGAGGACAUCUCGGUUAGACGUGAAGCGCAAAAACGUGAAACUGUGAAUCUUCUCAAGCAAGAUAUCCGUGAACAAUCCCAUUCUGAUUUACAGCCCUGGCUCACUAAUAUGGGACAUCUGGUUGCCCAGCAGAAUUCUAUGGAGCUGAAAUCUGAGUGUUCUGAAUGUGAUGAGAAAAUCGAUGAAGGAAAAGUGAGAGAAGGAGAAGAGCAGAUGUUGCCUGGGAGUGCGGGAAUAAAUUCACUGGACAUUGGCAGUGUCUCCCCUUCUUCAUCUGCCCAGAUGUCUCUUCAGUGGAGACUGGAACAGAAACCGGACAAUGACAAGACAAAGGAACCAACAAGAGGAUCAGAGCAUUUACCAGCAACCUCUUUACAGCAUGUUUCUCUUCCUGUUGCCAGACUAACAAUGAUAGAUGCCAUCAACACUGACCGACAAGAAGAGCACAAUGCAGAUCAAGAGGCCUUGUGUGCUGGCCGAGAGUUUGGAAAAGUGUUUGGAAACAAAGGUGACGGUGAAUAUCUCAAGUCAAAUCAUAUGAAGCUGAAACCGUACUGCUGUUCUAAAUGUGGCAAAAGAUUUACCAACAGUAGCAAUCUUAAGAAGCACACAACAAACCAUACAGGUGAACAACCAUAUCACUGUCAUGAAUGUGGCAAACGAUUCCCUUACAGCAGUGAUCUCCAAACACAUACAAGAAUCCACACUGGAGAAAGACCCUAUGCCUGUUCUGAAUGUGGUAAACGAUUCUCAAACAGCAGUGCUCAUCAAAGACACUCAAGAAUUCAUAGUGGAGAGAAGCCCUAUGGCUGCUCUGAAUGUGGCAAAAGAUUUAUUGACAGUAGUGCACUUCAGAACCACACAAGAGUUCAUACUGGAGAAAAGCCCUAUGGCUGUUCUGAAUGUGGCAAAAGGUUCUCUUAUAGUCGUGCUCUCCAAACACAUAAAAGACUUCACACUGGAGAAAGGCCAUAUGGCUGUUCUGAAUGUGGUAAAAGAUUCAUCGACAGUAGCCACCUUCAGAAGCACUCAAAAAUUCACACCGGAGAAAAGCCAUAUGGGUGUUCUGAAUGUGGCAAGAAAUUCUCCAAAAGUAGCAAUCUUCAGUAUCACAGAAGAAGUCAUACUGGAGAGAAGGCCUAUUCUUGUUCUGAAUGUGACAAACGAUUCUCCCAUAACUGCAGCCUCCAAAGACAUAUGAGAAUCCACACAAGAGAGAAGCCCAAUGGCUGUGCUGAAUGUGAUGUUCAUGAGAAUGUCAUCUUCUCCCCAUUUCCAUUUGCUCAGCCCUCUCCUGAGUGCAAGGAGGACAAGGAGAAGGUGAAAAAUUCAACAAGAGGAUCAGAGAACUGGACAGCAGCUGCUUUCCUGUGCAAUUCUUAUUCUGUGACAGAAGCCAUCAACACUGAACAACAAAAAGGGCAUGACACAGAUCAAAAAGCUUUGUAUGCUGGCCGAGACUGUGAACAAACAUUUAAAAAUACAUCUGCCUGUAAAGAUCUCAAGUCAGUUCAUACAAGACAAAAGCCUUAUAGCUGUACUGAAUGUGACAAAUUAUUCACUGUCAGUAGUAGUCUUCAGAGGCACACAAGAAUCCAUACUGGAGAAAAAUGUUAUAGCUGCUCUGAUUGUGGCAAACAACUUUCUGACCGAUACAGCCUCAAAAGACAUAAAAGAAUCCACAUUGGAGAAAAGCCAUUUUCCUGUUCUCAAUGUGGCAAGCAAUUCUCUGACAUGUACAAUUGUCAGACACAUGCAAGAAUACACACUGGAGAAAAGCCCUAUGAAUGUGCAGGAUGUGGCAAAAGAUUUUUACAUAAGAAAAGCCUUCAUAAUCACUUAAGAAUUCAUUCUGGAGAAAAACCUCAUUGCUGCUCUGAAUGUGGCAAGCGAUUUUCUGACAGUCGAGAUCUCCAAAGACAUGCAAGAAUCCAUACUGGAGAAAAACCUUAUGGCUGUGCUGAAUGUGGAAAACAAUUCAUUCAAAGUAGCCAUCUUCAGCGACACAUACGGAUACAUACUGGAGAAAAGCCAUACAGCUGUUCUGAAUGUGGCAAAAGAUUUUCUGACAUUUACAAGCUCCAGAGACAUGCAAGAAUGCACACUGGAGAAAAGCCCUAUGGCUGUGCUGAUUGUGGGAAACGAUUCAUUGACAGUAGCACCUUUCACAAUCACACGAGAAUUCACACUGGAGAAAAGCCCUAUGGCUGUCCUGAAUGUGGCAAACAAUUCAGCAAAAGUAGCAAUCUUCAGACUCACACAAGAAUUCAUACCGGAGAAAAGCCAUACAGCUGUUCUGAAUGUGGAAAACGAUUCACUGACAGCAGCGGUCUUUGGCGGCACACGCAAAUUCAUUCUGGAGAAAAGCCACAUUGUUGUUCUGAAUGUGGCAAGCAGUAUUCAGACAGGCGUAGUCUCCAGAGACACAUAGCAAUCCACGCUGGAGAAAAAAAUGGCUGAAAUUUUGCCACUGGUGCUGGGAUCAUCAGGCCUUAUCAAGGAAAUGUCCAGACCCAUCUGGACAUCCUACCAGUUAUCAUCACACCAUAUGAACUACAGAUGGCAGCACAAUUGGGAACAAUGCAUAUUAGGUGGGGCCAUGGCAGCAAAUCUAAGAAAGUAACAGUAUCAGUGCAAAAUCUACUUUGUGACUCAAGGGGAAGGAUCAAUUCUGUCCUGAACGUAAGCAAACCAAGUCAUUGCUGAGGAAUUAACCCUGCAAUAAAGCCAACUCACUCUUCUGAAUCUGGCAAAAAACACGUCUCCAGCAGUAGCAGUCUUCAGUGUCAGAGUCUGGCAGGUGGUUUUCCCAUAAUGGCAGCCUUCAAAAUAAUUCAAACUUCACACUGAAGGUGUGGUAAAGGAUUAUCAUUUUUAGGUGACUUUCACGGACAGCUAGGAAUCCACUGUGGAGGGAACCCCUAUCGUUGUCCUGAAUGUGGUAAACAAUUCUCAAACAGCAGUAGGCUUCAUUACAUCAUAGCUGUCCUGAUGAGUCAAAUGUUUCUUUGACAGCAGGAGUCUUAAUGGCCUAAUGUUUAUUUACAGGGAUGAAGCCCUGAAGGAGAAAGCUGGAGGUAGAAGACUGAAGAAAUGGAGGGAGGACUGAGAAGUAACUGUUCAAGCUACUCAAGUUUUGAUGAGUUACCACCACAUGGUGGUCUUUGUUGUAUAGGACUGAUAAUGUAACCCAUCAAAGUAAAGAUUCUUUUACAGUAUGAGAAGAACUCCAAAAAUGUCCUUUAUUACUGGUCACACAUAUCACAGGAUAAAAAGGAGCCCACCUCCUGCCUUAACACUGAGGUAAUGGUUCUGUUAAUGGAAGUGCAACAUCUUCACAUAACGAGAACAAGACCUCCAAUGUGGCAACAGCCCAGAUAGGUAUUCUUAGAGUUUGAGUUUUUCUCAGUCAAAGAUAUGCAAGCCAAUGAGGGCCAACAGAAAGUCUCUGACUGCUUCUGCCCUUAUAUCAAGUCACAUAAAUUUGCAAAAAAAAAAAAAAAGGAAAUAUGGCAGUGGAACAGAUGAGACCACAAAAGUGCAACUUAAGCAAGAAAUGAAGAGGGCUGAAGAAAGGUCUGUGACCCACUGAAAGCACUGGAGUAGGUGACAGUGAUAGUGCAACAUCUUCAGAUGAAGAGAAGAAGAACUUCAGUGUGCUAACAGCCCAGAAGGUCUGUGUGGCAGCAGAAUAGACGAAGACUGGAAAAGUCCAACUUGAGCCGAAAAAUUAAGGGGACUGGACAAACAUCAAUGGCCAACUGAAAACAAAGCAGAGGUCAAGUACUGCUACUGCUAUGAAAGAAAUCCAGAACUUCAAAUUUAAGGAUACGCCAGAAGGGCUCCCAGAAAACUCAUCCUGACAUCCAAACUAUUUUAAGGUGACUGGGACAAACCUAAGAUAUCUAAAGGAAGGAAGGAAGGAAAUAAAUAAAUAAAUAAAUAAAUAUGAGAAUACCAUCAAAGACUGGGAAAAGAUUCAAUCAUUCAGAAAAAGGGAAGCAAAACUAGAAGCCAUGAGAACAUCACAGUAGAUACCUGAGAUGAAGAUAAGAGGAGGACUUCGCUUGGGGUGGCAUUUGUGACAACAUGAAAGCAUCGUCAGCCAAGCUGAGUGAUAGAUUAGGAAACUGACAUAUUUGAAAAGAAAGUCAGAAAUAAACACCUAAAAAUUCAUGGACAGACUCAGAAAGCGAUUCUCACCCCAAAGUGAAAGAUCCUGAAAAGCAAACAAUUCUCAAAUAAAGACAUGCAGAUAGCAAAGUGAAUAUUUUUGAAGGAUCUGAGAGAGGAAUUCUUACUGACCAUAACCUCCCAGUUAGUGGGGUCUCUACAGCAGAAGC